AGUGAUCGGGGAAGCAACUCCGAUGUCUCGGGGCAACCUUCAGCCGGCAACGGGCCCCGCCAAAAUCACGACAAGCGGAUUCCCCCGCACGCAACGCCGACGUUCGGCCGUCUUGGAUUACAUUUAAGCCAUUGAGCCCCUCCUCCCCUUCCGUUAUCUCCUGUUAUCUUUGUGACUCACUCCUCAAAGUGUCAACCUCGAGCCCGCCUUAUGCGCCUACUUCGAGCUCUUCUCACCUCGACCAAAUCCCUGCGACAGCUCUCCCCUGCCUCGACCUCCCCGGGGAACAUCUCCGCAUUCACCCCGCUUGCCCGAUCGACCCCGUUUCGCUCCGCGAUCCAGCCCGUUUCCAUCAGACGCACCAUGGCUUCUGCAAUGGCAAAGCGCCUCGAGGGCAAGACCAUCGUGGUCACCGGCGCCUCGUCGGGCAUCGGCCGCAGCACGGCUAAGGAGUUCGCCCGCACCGCGCCCAAGGACCUGAAGCUGAUCGUGACGGCCCGUCGGAUCGACUCCCUGAAGGAGCUCGCCCAGGAGAUCAAGGAGGAAGUCGGUGAAGGUGUCAAGGUUCUACCCGUUCAGCUGGAUGUUAGCAAUCCCGAGGAGAUCAAGAACUUUGUGCCGUCUCUGCCCGCCGACUUCAAAGAGAUUGACGUGCUGGUAAACAAUGCCGGCCUGGUCAAGGGUGUCGCCAAGGCCCCCGAGAUCGAUGCUCGGGAUAUCGACGUCAUGUUCUCGACCAACGUGACCGGCCUGAUCAACAUGACCCAGGCUAUCCUUCCCAUUUUCCAGAAGAGGUCCGACGGCGGUCGUGGCGACAUCAUCAACAUCGGUAGCAUUGCCGGUCGUGAACCUUAUCCCGGUGGAAGCAUCUAUUGUGCCACGAAGGCGGCCGUUAGGUCGUUCACUGACGCUCUAAGGAAGGAGUUGGUUGCGACGAGAAUUCGUAUCAUCGAGAUUGACCCCGGUCAGGUGGAAACCGAGUUCUCCGUAGUGCGGUUCUAUGGUGACAAGGAAAAGGCCGAUGCAGUUUACGCCGGCUGCGAGCCCCUUACCCCCGAUGACAUUGCUGAAGUUGUUGUGUUCGCCGCUGGUCGGCGCGAGAAUGUUGUGAUCGCUGAUACUCUGAUCUUCCCCAGCCACCAGGCUUCCCCGGGUAUUAUGCACCGCAAGGUUUAGAGAACUGGUGGUUGAUAGAACAUAAAGCGCAUAUAGGCGGGGCAAUUGCUAGGUUUAGGUAAUAGACAGCGACUUCUUACAAAUAUAAUCACUUGAACCUUUCGGCUGGUCUUGGGCUAGUUCUGGCGUCC